CUGCAAUAUUUCAUAAUGGCUGCUGUGUCAAGAAUAUUUUCUCGCAGACUUUUAAACGUUAAAAACACAAAUAUCGCUCGUAUUUUUAUAUCUACUACAUCUAGAAGUCUUGCCAAUGCAGACACCGUCACACACACUGGACAAGUAUGUACAUUUAGCACUGAAUAUCUGAAUCAAAACAGUGUACAUUGAUUGAAAAGUUGUUUUUGAUACACAAAAAAUGUUGUAUUGCUUUCAAAUAUUUAGGUGUAUGAAAAGGAUGACUACAAGAGAGUUCGUUUUACAAACAGAGAAAAAACUGUGAGCAAUUUUGUAUUUGCAAACUAAACACUAAAUAACUAAGAAUAAUAUUGAUAAUAAGUUAAUAAUUGACUCUUAUUCCUAUUAUAUAUUUAGGUAAAUGAACAAUUUGCUGUUGAUCUUAUUGAUGAAGAGCUUCCAAUAGAAGUUGACUCCAGAGUAGUUUGGUGUGAUGGUGGUAGGUGUUUAGGGUGGUACCCACUACAGCACUUUGUAAAGAUUAUCAUUUGAUUGGUACAGUAUGCUCAAUUAAUCUCUGGUUGCUGUACUGAGUACCAAGUUAAUAGGACUGCAUAAUUAUCCAUCAUUUAGGUCAUGCUGCACUUGGUCAUCCUAAAGUUUACAUCAACCUGGUUAGUCGUCCAAAUGUUCACGUUUAUUGUAAUUACCUAUGCUAUAUUGUAGUUUAACUGUUGUUUACAUGUAAGGAUAUACAAGCACAGAUAAAACAUUCUCAAUUUUCACAUGAAACUUUGAUGUUUGUAAUGAGCAUUCAAGGUUCAGCUCAACCAAUCAGUGUGAAGCUAGUUAAUUUGUGAUUGGCUGAAACCUAAACUGAUGCUUGUGACAAACAUUAAAGUUUCCCAGGAGCAUAGACAUGUUUACUGUUGGUAUGUUUAUAGUGGUGUAUUCUUUCUUUCUCCUAGGAUCAGGAAGGACCUCAAGCAUGUGGUUACUGUGGUUUGCGAUAUAUUAUGAAACACUAAGAACAUAACCUAAACUAGUCAAAUGUUGUAAAUAUAAAAAAAUGUUUUGUUUAAUAAAAUGCAAUAUAUUAAAAUGACUCUCUUACCUUGUCAUGUAAUAAUGAUUUCAAACCAUCUCAUGAUAUUUGUCAUUGUAUUCUUGUCCGUACUCAGGCUCUUGCCACGUUGCUCUUCCUCAUGCAGCCAUAAAUCCAAAACUUGAAAGUAUUCUGACCAGUUGCAAACUUGGGAAACAAUGCACAGAGCACAUAUAACUACUGUUCAUGUGGUCUUUUAGGAUAUUACAUUUAUUUAAAAAAUACAGUAUAAUGUUUGUACAGGACUGGUGAAUGGUGGAUUUCAUAAAUAUUUUAGUUUGUACAUAAUUGGUUCUAGGUGGCUCUCUAUGCUUCUAUAAACUUAUGAAUAGGAUUAUUACAAUCAUAAUAUCAAUCAAAUGCUAAAACAAUUCGUAUUAGAGACGGAUGAUCCGUUCUAAUCCGUCUGGACGAACUUGGAAAAUUGUUCUCGAAUAAUCUGGAUAUAAAUGCAGCAAACAGAUGAUAAACUUUCUGCGUCGUGAUUGUCUACACCAGCAUCCUGUAUAAAUUGGGCGUUAACCAGGAAAAUAUCAGGAUUCAGGCAUGAUUUGUUACCAGAAAAAUUGCCAGUAUUUACAGAUCGCGUUAUUCCAGAUAGUUUGUCUGAAUAUCUGGUCUCUAAGUUGUCUAGUAUAAAUCAGGUUAUUGUUUGGGCGUAUGGAUAUAAAGAAACAGCAUCUGGGAUUUAAUUAAAAUACUGCAUACGGAGCCACCUUAACAAAACCAUCAGGUGGGCUCCAGCCCGUUUGUGAUUGGUUCUUUUCGAUGCCUCCGAGUGACAUGUCGAUCUUGGACGGUUUUAAAAUGUUGCAGAAGAGCUGUAAAGUCGAUUUUCUUCACGUAUUCCCGUUUCUCGAAGUCCUUGCCCCUG